CAGCGGCUGCCAGGUACCGCGUCCCGCCAUUGUGCGCUGCCGCCGUUCGGUCCGGAAAGGCGGUUCGGCCCGGUCCGUCUCCAUCGCUGCGGCAGGAGGAGGGGCCGGUAUGGAGGGCGACGGGCUGGAGACCGAGGUUCCUACCAAAAGUAUUGAAAGAGAGCUCAUCUGCCCAGCCUGCAACGAGUUGUUCACCCACCCGCUGAUCCUUCCUUGUCAGCACAACUUGUGUCACAAAUGUGUGAAGGAUAUACUGUUCACAGUUGAAGACUCGUUUGCUGAUGCAGGUUCUGAAUCCUCAAAUCAGAGCAGCCCCCGGUUUCGAAUCUCUUCUCCUAGCUUGGACAAGAUUGACAGAAUCAGUAGAUCAGGAUUUGCUGUCUACACAGGCAGAAAACGCAACUCUCUGACUCCUAGAACAACCGUGUUUCCUUGUCCUGGCUGCCUGCAUGAUAUCGAUCUUGGAGAACGUGGUGUCAAUGGCUUGUUUCGAAAUUUUACUUUGGAAACAAUUGUGGAACGACACAGACAGGCAGCCAGGGCAGCCAUAGCUAUUAUGUGUGACUUCUGCAAACCUCCACCUCAAGAAUCCACAAAGAGCUGCAUGGACUGCAGUGCAAGCUAUUGCAAUGAAUGUUUCAAGGUACACCAUCCCUGGGGGACAGUAAAAGCUCAGCAUGAGUACGUUGGACCAACCACCAACGUCAGGCUUAAAAUACUGAUGUGCCCAGAACACGAAAUGGAGAAAGUUAACAUGUAUUGUGAAAUCUGCAGAAGGCCUGUUUGUCAUCUUUGUAAACAGAGUGGAUCUCAUGCAAACCACAGGGUAACAAUGAUGAGCACUGCCUAUAAAACUCUGAAGGAAAAGCUUUCAAAAGAUAUAGAGUACCUCAUCAGUAAGGAAAGCCAAGUAAAAGCUCACAUCUCACAUCUGGGUCUGCUGCUGAAAGAAACAGAGUGCAAUGGGGAAAGAGCUAAAGAAGAGGCAUCUCAGAGUUUUGAGAAAUUAAUUAAUAUUCUGGAGGAGAAGAAGUCUGCAGCUCUUAGGGCAAUUGAAGUGUCUAUGAAUUUAAGGCUGGACAAAUUGCGAACCCAAGCAGAAGAAUAUGAAGGUCUCCUGGAAAAUAAUGGCCUUGUAGGAUAUGCUCAAGAAGUGCUUAAAGAAACUAAUCAGUCCUGUUUUGUUCAAACAGCAAAGCAACUUCAUGUCAGAAUCCAAAAAGCUACUGAAUCGCUGAAGAGCUUCCGGCCAGCAGCUGAAAGUUCUUUUGAAGAUUUUGUGGUGGACACAGCCAAGCAAGAAGUGAUCCUUGAUGACUUAGCCUUCUAUUCCAAUGGACUGGAAAUACCAGAAAUCAAUGAGGAGAAAUGCAGGAUGUAUAACAAAGCUCUGAUCAGUUGGGAAUGCCCCGGGAAAACAGACUCUGCUGAUAUGUAUGUUCUUCAGUAUCGUAAGCGUAAUAAAGAAGAGGAGAGUGUGAUGUGGCAAGAGGUUGAAGUUUACAGCAAGAGUCAAGUCCUGUCCGAUCUUGAUGAUGACAGUAGCUAUGCCUUUAGAGUUCGAGGAUAUAAAGGGUCCAUCAGUAGCUCUUGGAGCAAGGAAGUUAUUUUGCGUACACCUCCCGCUCCAGUUCUUAGCUUUCUUUUUGAUGACAAAUGUGGGUACAACAGUGAACGUCUCCUUCUGAACCCAGAAAGAACCACUGUGGAAAGCAGGGCUGGGUUUCCUUUGCUGCUAAGAGCUGAACGCAUGCAGUUUGGAUGCUACACAACCCUGAAUUACAUCAUUGGUGACACCGGUAUUGCCAAAGGAAAGCACUUCUGGGCUUUUCAUGUGGAAGCCUAUUCUUACCUGGUAAAAGUGGGAGUUGUUUCUAGCACCAUGAUACAGAAAUUUUUCCAGAAUACGCAGGAUGUGACCAGCCCAAGAUCUGAACAUGACAGUGGUCACGACAGUGAGAGUGAAGAUGCCUGUUUGGAUUCCUCACAGCCUUUCACGCUCGUCACUUUGGGCAUGAAGAAGUUUUUCAUCCCCAAGGCAGCUGCUGAUUCAAGGGCAGCUGCUGACCCCAAGGAUGCAGCAAGUAGAAUCCUUCCCCUGCCCUCCUGCAUUGGGAUCUGCCUCGACUGUGACAAUGGCAAGGUGGGCUUUUAUGAUGCCAGCCACAUGAAAUGCCUGUACGAGUGCGAGGUGGAAUGCUCAGGCAUAAUGUACCCAACCUUUGCCUUAAUGGGUGGUGCAGCAAUUCAUCUCACAGAAGCCAUCCCAGCAAAGUAUUUGGAAUACCAAGAUGAGCUAUAGGCUAGUGAUGCUUUGUUGCUAUCCUGAAUUUAAAAACCAGAGCAGAAGCAUUUAACCUUAGUUUUCAGUCCUGAUUCAAAUACAAUAUACCUAAGUGCUGGUCACA